AGGAUCAGCGAAUACAUGGGUAUGUAUGUAUACACAGCAGCCAGUAUCUGUAUACCUACAGUAGGUACUACUGUAUAGUACCCCUCAUGGUGGAGACUUGUCAAUUUAUCCCAACUUGCUCUCCCGCCUCUAUUGACGGACUACCGAAAUUUAGUAUGCGCAAGACGAUGGCCUAAAGCAAGGAGCUCAUACCGCCCAUUUUCACCGCCUCAUUUUUCGUAUUGGCAUAUCUCGAAGGUAGCCAGCCUACGGCUGCUACAAGGACAGCUCGGUAGCUUUCUAUCCACCGAUUCCAGUGCUACUGAGUACUGGCUCCACCCCAAUAGCUAUCUCUCUAUCUUCACUUGCAAUGUCGUCUCCCCCCUGGGCUGGGGCGUCAGGCGACGACCUUUUCUCCGUUCUCAUUACGGGAGCUAAUAGCGGUGUCGGGGUGGGCAUUGGCCAACGAGUGAUAGACGAAUUCCUCGGCUCACGACCUCUCUCUUCCCACCUUAUCCUAAUACCAACGACGCGGUCCAAAACCAAGUCUCGGGAUACGGUGCUAGCUUUACGGAAACAUCUUCACCAGACUGCGCACACGUCGAAAACGCUCCAAGCUCACUUCGGAGCUAACUACGAUCCCCAGACAGCCAUCGCGAGGGUCCACGUGCUGAGCCUCGAGGUUGAUUUGUGCAAUCUCCGGUCCAUACGCGCUGCUGCUGAUCGCUUGGUUAAUGGCAAGCUGACUGACCCCACGGGUGUCAUCGACGACGUGAAAAUACCUCGCCUCGAUGCCGCCCUCUUCAAUGCGGGUCUUGGAGGAUGGGGAGGACUCGACUGGCUAGGAUUUGCCCGGCAAUUCUUCGCUGUCGGACUUGUCCAGUCUACCACGUACCCAGCCUUCAAAAUGGCCUUACCAAAGGCGGUAGUGCUAGAGUCACAGAAACUCAUAGGGGACGAUAGCACCAAAUCUAGCUCGCCUCCCGAGCUAGCUGAAGUGUUCUGCGCCAAUGUCUUCGGACAUUAUAUACUAGCACAUGAACUACUGCCUGCUUUGAGCCGUGCAAAUGCAAGUGAGGCGCCAGGUCGCGUGGUCUGGACUAGCAGUAUAGAUGCAGGCCAUGAACAUCUUGAUUUUGAUGAUUUCCAAGCCCGUCGAUAUAUGCCCCCUUACGAAAGCAGUAAACGCAUUACAGAUCUCAUCUGCCUGACAGCCGACCUACCGAGUGUGAAAAACGCCUCCGCCUCCUUUUUCACAUCACCUGCGAUCGCAGACAAGCCUGUGAGACCACGAUUCUACCUUUCACACCCGGGCAUCGUCUGUACUCCCAUAUUUCCACUCGAUUGGUUCUUGUUCUUCUGGUAUUGGGUCACAAUGCACUUGUCGCGUCUCUGUGGCUCCCCCUGGCACACUGUCGACGUAUACACAGCUGCAUGCGCAACGACGUGGCUCGCGCUGGCCGAACAGUCUACACUAGAUGCUAUGAACGCACAUCAUAUUAAAUGGGGGUCUGGUGUCACACGUUCAGGUCACUCGGCACCCAAAAAGUCAGAAGUCGAAGGCUGGGGUUGGGAGGGCCGUAUUGAAGACGCCGAGGCACUUGAACGAGACGAAUCCAAGGGCAUGUUGCGCAAUUCGAUAGGCCGGAAAUGGGAUGCAACUACUUUGACUGAAGAGAAAAGGACCCAGUUCGAAAUGGACGGGCGCUGGUGCUGGAUGGAGCUCGAGAGGCUCAGGGCUGCAUGGGAGACUGCUCUUGGUUGGAAGUAAACAUAGAAAUGAAAUGGGCCAACGUGCCAAUGCAGGUGUGCGGAGAUCACGGACUGAAAAAAUAGCAAAAUACGCAGGGGCAUGCAUCAUGUGUGCAAAGUCAUUUACAAGCAUUGUUUAAUACUACUGAGCAUUCCUCGUGCAAUGAGCAGUUAUCAAUCACCAUGUGAACGACUCAACUUAGCAUCAUAACAGUCAUUGCUAUUCAUCGUA